UGAACGCAGAAGCGUCGGCUUUACCGAACUCAAAAGCAAUUUUGAAUACCCCAUCCUGAUGAGCAACGCAGUUCUUCCUCUCUAUUUAUAUCCAGCCCUAAACGAUUCUCUUAUUUUCUCGGUAGAUUUCGGAUUCUGAGAAGCGAGGCGGGAAGGGAGGAAAUGGAAUCUCUGCUAACUGACGGUUUUGCCCUCCAUCCGCGGUGUUCUGCAGCAGCUGUCCUACGGCCGGCGACGGGGGGAUCAUUCGCGCAGCUUUCUCGCCCCCUGAUGCGUCGGCGAUCUAUACACCUGUCUCCGGCGACUGCCAGCAGGAUAUCCGCCUCGGCGACGAACGGGUCUUUGAUUUCGAAAUCGAUGCAGUCAAACCGCGGAGUUUAUGCGAUUGGCGAUUUUAUGACAAAAAAGGAAGAUCUCAUCAUCGUCAAGCCAUCUACUUCAGUUGAUGAAGCUCUCGAAAAGCUAGUGGAGCAUAGGAUCACUGGUUUUCCUGUGAUCGAUGAUGAUUGGACAUUGGUUGGAGUUGUUUCUGAUUAUGAUUUGCUGGCAUUGAAAUCCAUAUCAGGGUGUGGACUAACUGGUAGAAGUAUGUUCCCUGAGGUGGAUAGCACGUGGAAGAAAUUUAAUGAAAUUCAGAAGUUGUCAAGUAAAACAAAUGGCAAGACCGUUGGUGAGUUGAUGACACCUGCACCUCUUGUUGUUCGGGAGACCUCUAAUCUUGAAGCAGCUGCCAGGCUAUUGCUUGAAACCAAGUACCGCAGGCUUCCAGUAGUGGAUGUUGCUGGCAAAUUGAUUGGAAUCAUCACAAGGGGAAAUGUUGUUAGAGCAGCGCUACAGCUCAGAAAUGCUAGGGCAAAGAGAGCUUAAGGGAAGCAAUAUUUACUUCUUAUUUCGUUUGUUUGGGACAACUUAUUUACUGUUUUUUAAAACGACUUUUUAGUAUAAAAAAUUUUUGAAUUCGAAAUUUUUUUACUAAAAAAUAGAUUUAUAAAGUAACAAAAAAACUGUCCCAAGCGAAACCUUACUCAUACUCAAUAAGUUCCAGUCACUUGUGCAUAUCAAUUCCUUCAAUGAUUUUGGCGAAUAAAUCCGAGUCUUUCUACAUCUAAACUUGUAUGAUUUGAUUGUAUGAUCUCUUUUGUUACUGUUAUAGGUUUUUUCUUUCUUUUAACAAAUGCUCAUUUAAUCAUUGUAGACUAAUACACUAACGAAGCUCAUCCAAUUGUUCA